AAUACCAACAGUCAACAAUCCGGCUGCUGUGGGACUGAGACAGCGGGCAUGGGAGGGUUAGACAGGCUGGCAGCGAGGGUAAAAGGAUAGACAGCUGGGGCAAAGAGAAGUUGUGAGAGCUAGGACAGAAAACGGAGAGAAAAUACGACUACAAACACCAACAAAACCAACAUCCAGAACAUUCCCCACCUAUCUCUGCUUGUUAUCCUCUUCUUUCAUCUUUGAUAUUUUACUCACCGCUGCCUGGAGGGAAUGAACUUUGCUCUCAGGCCUCCAUCAGCAGGCAGUUCUGGGCCUGGUGCAGGCGGAGGAGCCACCAUGGAGAACCUAGAGAAGCAGCUGAUCUGCCCAGUCUGCCUGGAGAUGUUCUCCAAACCUGUGGUCAUCCUGCCCUGCCAGCACAACCUCUGCCGCAAGUGUGCCAACGACAUCUUCCAGUCAGCUAACCCUCUGUGGCAGUCCCGCGGCUCCUCCACCAUGGCUUCCAGUGGCGCUCGCUUUCGCUGUCCAUCGUGCCGCCAGGAGGUGUUGCUGGACCGCCAUGGGGUCUACGGUUUGCAGAGGAACCUGCUGGUGGAGAACAUCAUAGACAUUUACAGGCAGCAGGAGUCCUCCAGGCUUGUGAACAUGAAGCCAGAGCAGCAGCAGCAGCUGCCGUGUGAAGAACAUGAAGAGGAGAAGAUCAAUAUCUACUGCCUGUCCUGUGAGACGCCAACCUGCUCCAUGUGCAAAGUGUUUGGAAAACACAAAGACUGUGAUGUCGCACCGCUCAGCAGCGUUUACAUGAGACAGAAGACAGACCUGAGUGACAGCAUUGCGAUCCUGGUUGCUAGUAACGACCACGUCCAGGCAGUCAUCUCUCAGAUGGAAGAUAUCUGCCAGGCUGUGGAGGAGAACGGUCGGCGACAGAGAGAGCAUCUGGCCGACAGAUUUGACAACCUGGUUGCUAUCUUGGACGAGCGGAAACGGGAGCUGGUGGGGCUCAUUACCAAACAACAGGAUGACAAACUCAGACGUGUUCGAUCUCUCAUUAGUCAGCACAGUGAUCACCUGGAGGCCGCAGUGACGCUGGUGGAGUCGGCCAUUCAGUCGAUGGAGGAGCCACACAUGUCUUUGUUUGUACAGAACGCCCAAGUCAUACUGGAAAAAAUGGCAGUGACAGCCCGGACCUCUAAUAUGGAGCGUCCAGAGCUCGGUUAUGAGAGUAUGAGUCACUUCGUCAUCAAUACUGACGACCUCGCUGCCAUGCUGAAGAACAUUGACUUCUGCUCUGGUACGCACAGAGGUGUGGGAGAUGAUGGAGAAGAAGAUCCUGAAGAAGGUGUAGAAGAGUCAGAAGUUGACUUCUUCUCCAGAUAUUAAACCCAGAACUGAGGUCCCCGCUGCAGUGCUGGAGGAAUGUAAAACAGAAACGGAAAUAGAGGUUUACCAUAAUCCUCUGGAGGAAAUCCACGCAGUGUUCAAGAGUGAAUUCAGCCACAUGAAAACAACAAAGACAACAUGAAAAAAAAAAAAACACUAAAUGAUUGAUUGAAUUUACACCUUUCUUUACGUUAUCCAUGUGAGUUUCCUCCUGCAGCAGACCACAUGCAAGACUUGGACAGAUUUUUGCCUCCCACAUUGUUGCCUUUUGUUCGGUAAAUAAAAAAUCCAGUGUGUUGUGUGUAAAUAUAUCUAUCUGUGUAAAGCUCACAGGAAAUGUAUACUGUGGAUUUAGCACUGUAUUCUGUGUUGUGGGAGGGUAAAAAGAUUUUGCUCAUGUGUUUCUUCAGGAUUUAAAGCCCUUAUAUAGCUUUUCUGUCACAAUACCUCCUAAAGGCGUCUGUAAAAGACUACAGUUUUAUAAUUCUUGUCAGAUGUUAUGUAAAUAAAUAAAAAAAAUUGUGUGAGGAUUAAAGUCAGUGAGAUAGAGAUGGUUCCUUUCUGAGUAGACCCAUUUUAACAGGGUGUGCUUGCAGCUCAGAACUGAUGGUAAAUUACUUUGUCAAUGCAACAGCAUAUUGUCCUUUUUAUAUUUUCAAAUAGAAGAAGAGAAUUGUCCUUUUUAAAUGCAAAAAUACAGGAAAAUGACACCACCAGUGAACAGGAUGUAAAGCUGAAAGAGUGGGCAGAUAAGCUUAUUACUGUAGGUAGUAUUACAAAUGACUGUGGGAGGGAUUUCCAAAACAAGCCUUUCAGAACUACCCAUACGUCACAUAUGGACAUUCUCUGACUUCCUACCUCUGUGGUGGUGAAGGUUUUGUUAGGUUUGGGCACCUGACUCUGCUUUGUUUAAGGAAGAGGCUCGUGAUAUUCUGUAUUUCUUUUAUUGUCAGCAUGAAUAAGAAAAAACAACAACUAUGAAUUGAUAAAUAUAACAUGUAUUGUCUUAUAGAACUCCAUUGUUGUCCAAAAACUACAUCAAUUAGCAAUGCUGCCAUAAAUACUCACAAGAGCACCACACGUGGAUAAAUCCACUACACACUGAAAAUAGUCCCCAUAAAAUGCGCUGUUCACUCCUGUUGAAGUCAUGUGUUUGGACAGAAAUGCUAACAUGCUAAGCUAUGGUAAACAUUAUUCCCGCUAAAUAUCAGCAUGUAUGCAUGCAUAUGUUGGCAUUUAACCGAGAGGCAACCCCCAGGGCUGAAAAACGAAGCCAACACGAAGUGCCAAAAACUGCAGUUCCUCUAAUGGCCACUUGAGGCUGGAGCAAGUCAAUCCCUACAAACACACAUUAAAGCACCCAACUUAACUGGAGAAAUGUUGUUGUUGUUGUUGAAACAUGUUUACAGCCACGUACACUCGUUGAAUGUUUGUACGAUAUCUCACAAAGGUGCACACACAACAGUUUGUAUGAUAUCCUGUGAAUUAGCGCCCCAUGAAUGACAUUAUAUCAUAAUUAACGUAAAGUUACAUAAGUUAGGUUUAUGCAAGUAAAGUUAUUGUGGUUAUGUUUAAGGAAAAGAAAUAUGGUAAGGACUUACCUUAAAAUUACUCAAAGUUCAUUUAAGCCCCAUUUCCACCAAACACUUUCAGUAUGGUACCUUUGGAACCCAAAGUCACCCUUCAGACAUGGUACCUAGACCCUAGCGUUACCACCGCAAACGGUGCCCUUAAAUGUGGGCGGGGUUGUUGUCACUCACAGCUCCGUCCAGCUCACUGUAUUUCCUCAUUAUUGGUGACACAAAUUUUAGUCUACAUCUCAUGUAUCAUCCACAGAAUUAGGCUGCACGCCGACAUUUCACAGAAUAAAUAGAACAGGCUGCAGUGAGAGUCUCUCUUUCUUUCAUUUUAUAGUUAUAUUUCACUAAUGUAUGCAAGACUUCCACGGUAUGAACAGUGGUUACAAAACCAGCCACAACUCACCCCUCAGCAAGAGUGACUGUCCACUAUUGACCAAUCAACAGACUGCAGUGUUCACAGCUCCACCUUUUAGUACCAGAUCUGUGUGCUAGGUAACCCAAAAUGGCAAAAAUGGGGACGGUACAGAACAGCUCCAUUGGUACCAUGCACAACUUUUUAAAGUGUAAAUGGAAAAAAUUAGUACUGAACUGAACUGAACGUACCAUACUGCUUAAUGGAAACUGGGCUCUAAAGUUCAUGCGGUUCUGAAUACCUGUCUCAUGGGGAAAGUCCUGUGUUUUGUGACAGAUUCUCCGCCCCAACCUGCAUCCCUACAGACUGCACUAUUUCAAAAAUAUGUGGGUUAUGCAUGAAUUACUGACAUAUGAUUAUAUGGGAUAUGUAAGAAUAUGGCUGCAUUACUUUUCAUAGGAAAACGUACAAACAGUUUAUAAAAGCAGCAUGGUACAAAAAAACAGUUUUAAUCUCAAUAGCUAAUUUCCCCGCUUAUGACAACUGUACAGGAGUGUAUUUUUAUAUAACUUUACAUUUAAUUUUUAUUAAGGCUUAAAGUUAUGAAUAAUUAAGGAGUGACAGGUGGGUGCCCUCCGUUGACAAGUCCAGUACAAGGUUGGCUAGCUUAACAAUGGCAUAACCCCAGAUUCAGAGAGUAGGUGUAGCUGUAGCUGUCGCCGUCAGUGUGUUUUCAGUUCAGGAGAGUUAACUGUAACAUUUUGGUUGCAUUAAAAAAAAAUUGUCGGGGCAUUGGUGGCUUAGUGGUAGAGCAGGCGCCCCAUGUACAAGGCUGUGGAAUGAGGGUGGUGGAGGAUGUUAGGGCGUUGAGUAAGGGGAUGUUGGAAGUUAGAAAGAAAAGCUGUAUUAGAGGUGAUCUGUUGAUUUACAAAGAGAAGUCUGUGCUUUUAUUUUUCUCUCAACUAGACGACUAUUUUAAACACCGGUAUUAGUCAGGGCUCUCCUCCGCUGGUUAUAAUUUUGUCAGAAUGAGUCAUCAAUGAGAUAAUAGAUCAUAUUUCUCCUGUGCUAGUCAUCGCACUCAUUUUUAAUAACUUUUGAAGACAGACUUGUCAAGAUUGUCCUAAUAAGACAAUACAAAGACUCACACAAAAGUAUCCCUCUCAAUCAUCACUAAUGACCUCUGUGCAGUGUGUGGCAGUGUCUGUGUCUGCAGAGAACCUGCCCUCUGCAUGUCCUUCCUUAUUUUCUUCUUAAUUUGGUUUGUUGGGAUGUUUCUGGGUGUCAAUCUUUUGGUAGUGGCGUGUAACCUCCAGCUAAUAGCAGCGCAAGGUCAGAACUCUUUAAAAUAGCGACCAGGUUACAUUGCUGUCUCGGUCUCUUUCCUCUGCUCUGUGCAUGCAAGCUGCAGGUCUCUGUGUCUGUUUGAUUGUGGGCAUUUUACACUUUUUAAAAGCUUUUAACAAGAAAGGCUUUUAAUUCCCAUGCAGUGUAAGUUUUUGUUUCUUUUCAUACA